AUGGAAGACAUAAUUUACAUUGUCGCUCCUGCAAUGGUCGAUUUAUCAGACACAGGCAAUGUAAUUCAAUCAUCCAACACGGCUUUAUAUCAGCACAAAUCCCACCCAUACUUGUACCUCAGGGUCUUUUCAAAUCUGAUGACGAAAUCUUUAAAAAUGGUUUUUUCAGGUAGCUUAGAUAUAUGCGAUGCAGAUAAUUCAACAGUUGAUUUUAAUGAAUUUAAAAUUGAUAAAGUGCUAAAUGAAAUUUCAAAUAUAAAUCAAAUAAAUCUCUUAGGCCAUUUUAAAAAUUUUACAUCCCCCACAAUUUUAAUAAUAAAAAAAGCUCCAUUCUUAUCUGAACAGGUUCUUGAAAAUUUUAAAUUUAAAACUGAAAUCACUGAAAAAUGGUCAAAUGAUAUAUAUGGAAAGUUUUGCAUUACAUUACCUCCUGAGUACAGCAAGGCUUCUGUUCAAAUAAUUCAUCCUGCAACAGAAAAUCAUAUUAAAAAAUAUUCAUCUAGUAACUUUUAUCUAUUUGAAGAGACAAGUGAAAUAUAUCAAAAUUUGACAUUACCAUAUAUACUAAAAAAUCAAAUGGAUUUGACAUGGGUAUAUAAUGUAUUGGAUGGUAAAUCUGAAUCAGAAAGUAUAGUAUAUAGAAGUCCUGAAAUAGAAAAUGGAUUUAUAUUAGCACAUGACUACAAGUGGGAUGGUCAGGACAUUAAUAAUUUACAUUUAUUGGCCAUUCCUUAUAUGAAGGGAUUAAAAUCUAUAAGAGAUCUGAACCAUAGUCAUCUAUUAUUGCUGCAAAAUUUUAGAGAUUGCAUUAAUGUAAUAUCAGAAAAAUAUAAUAUACCAAAAUGUUCCAUUGAUGCAUAUUUUCAUUAUCCUCCAACUUUUUAUCAUUUACAUGUUCAUUUUGUAUCAACAGCAAUCAGCGAGAUUACAAAAGAGGGUGUCUUUUCAAGUCGAAAUAUUUAUCUUCUUGAUGUUAUACAAAAUAUCACCAUUAAAAGUGAUUAUUAUAAAGAUACUUCUAUGAUUGUAUUUUUAAGUGAAGAUUCCAUUAUAUAUGACCAAUUUAAACAAUAUUAUGAAAGUUUAGAAAAAUAA